AUGGUUAAUCUCAAUAUAACUGUUUCACAUCGAAAAAUACCGUUCAAGGAAGCAAGCAAGAUGACAACACCAUCAUUUCUUGCAGCCGGUAACACAGAUUGUCGUUCUACUUACUCCCUUGUUAAAAUUUUUAAACAAUAG